AUGAGCAUUCCAUCUGAAUCCAGUUACUUGACUUGUCCACAUUUUAAAAGUAGAAUAUCAGAUGUUAGCGCUGAUACUACUACUGUUAUAAAUAAUAGUAGUGAAAUAGAUCAAACUGGCAUAUUUCAUCCUAAAAUUGGAGGAGAAUUUUGCACUACAAUUCCUCGUUGUUCAGCAAAAUUUAUACACAAUAAUCAAAAAGGCAUUAACAGUAAGAGAAUACUUCAGUACAGAAAUUCUUUAGUAUUUCAUUAUGAGCAUGAAAACGAUAUUGAUAACAAUAAUAAUGCUGUUUGUUUAAAUGAACUCCGAUUGAAUUCUAUGUUCAAUAAAAGUCAAGUUUGUUGCAGUGAAUCUGAUAUUAAUAAUAAUAAUAAUAAUAAUUCGUAUGAAUAUUUUAAAUUCCCAUGCCAUCAUCACUUACUAUACUGUAAUCAAUUUAUCAAUAACAAUAUUAAUAAGAAUUGUGAUAAUAAUAAUAAUAAUUACAAAAAUACUGGAUCUGAGAAUUGUAUAAACAAGAAAUUGACAUGUCAGAGAGCCAACGUGGUUCCUACAGACAAUGAAGCCUUUAGUUAUUUGGAUAAGAAUUCUACACAUAUCAAUAAUAGUAAUAAUAUAAUGCAAAUUGUAGCCAGCACUAAGGUGCAUAAUUGUAGUGAUAAUGAAGGAUGAAAC